AUGACUAGUAGUAAGUGUUGCCGAUAUUGUUAUGAGAAAAAUUCAAAACUAUUGAAAGUUUGUGAAUGCAAGGGAACGGUAGGCUUUACGUGCGAGACGUGCCUUAAAAUGUAUAUUAAAAGCAAAGUAUUGACACAAUAUGAAGACGAUUACAAUAGUUAUGAUAAAUGCGAGUUAUGUCACACACCUUACGGAUUGAACAUUCAAUGGCAAACACCCGGAUAUAUGACAGCACUGAACAAAACGAUGGAAAUCUCAUCUUCUAAUGAAAGUGUGGUCAACAGUGACGAUGACUUUAUUAACAAUCACUGCCAAGUGUUAAGAUUUACCGAUAUGAAAGGGAAGACAAAAGAGAUGUAUUUUCCGAAAAGUCUUGAUUUAGAGAGACCUAAGAGAUCGCGAACUAAUUUUACGACAAAACAAUUGUAUGAAUUGGAGAAAUCGUUUGCUAAAAAUCAAUAUUUGGUGGGAAAAGAGCGCAAAUUAUUAUCUAAACAACUGAAUCUGUCUGAAGCACAGAUUAAGAUUUGGUAUCAAAAUAGGAGAACAAAGCAUAAGAAGGAACAGUUAAGACAUAGACAACAAUUGUCAGCAAAUGCCGAGACUAUCGCUGCCAACAAUAUCAUGCAAUUACUGGCACAACAAACACCGUCAUCACCACCACAUCCUAUGCCACCACAACAACAUUCACACAACAAUACAACAACAAUAACUGUGACAAAUGCCAAACAACUACACCAACCAUCACCAACUACAAUGUAA